GACACGGGCUUGUUGGACAGGUUGCUGGACAUCAUACACGGAGAUCACAGCUUGGGCAUGUUAAUCCACCGCCGCCCAAAUGUUGUAAAUAAGAUCCUGAAACAGUGUCUUCAAAUUUCACCCUCUCAAGUCGCCAAUUCGCCCAUGACGCCAAGAACAAGGGCAUUGCUUGUGAACAUCAAAAGAGGAUACACCCCGUCAAGGACGGUACAGCAGUUCCUCGAACGCAUGCAUCGUACACGGGUUGAAGUGUUCGAUGAUCGAACCCUCGAACAAGCCUUCAACGCCGUUCGCGCCUCGUACCAGACACUCAAACAGACCGCACCAAGGCGCCCUCUCGAUGGCAUCCCCUCGAAUCCUUUCCCCUCACAAGGCGGACCGUCAACGCCCUUCGGCAUGCUGAGCAGUGGUAGAGAGGACGCAGAAGAGCAAAGUCGUAAAGGCGGCUUCAACCGACUUGCGGCCACAGACUACAACAGAGACGCCUGGGUUACUAUACUCUCUCGACGCCCGGAAGAGGUAUCAAAGAUUGAAUACGCCGUCAAGAACGCCCAAGGGCAUAUGCACAUCAGCGAUGCGGUAAGGGACGUCGCGCAUCGACGUUGCAUCUCAUGGCUAACGAGAAUGGUACAAAACGACAUGGUCCUCGCCGAGUCCGUCGAAGAUAUCGACACAAAACACCAGAUAAUCAUCCGCUUCCUUUCCGAGAUCCCCGCCAUCGACUACAGCAUCCUCCGCAUCGAUCUAGCGUGUAACACACUCCACUACCUGUAUAUGUUCCGUCCGCCUGUCCGGAGAAACCUAUGCGAGAAAUUGCUGGUUAGGUGGAGGCUGAGGUGCUUGGCGAGGGCAGGAGGUCAGUAUGCCUAUGGCAAGAACGAGAGUCGGGGGGGGGGGGGUAGGGGGGUGCUGGUGGGGGGGGGGAGGGGGGGUGCUGGUGACGCGCAGGUGGUUAAGGAGAGUGCUAAUGGUGCGUUGGAGGUCAAGGCUGUUUCGUAGAUGGGUAGAUGAGGAGAUGAGGAGAGAGGAAACUGGGGUGGAGACGAAGGAAGGAGCACGCUAUGGGUUUGGAUUCGAGGCGUUCGUUUCAUCAUAUGUAUACCUAUCGAGUUCAUUCUAGGUUCGUGCUACGAUAGGAAGUCGGAAGGAAUGCACCAUAGUAAGAUAGGAGAAAAAGAGACGGCAAGCGAAGGGUCCGAAACAGAAGAUAUGCGUGGUUGCACGAAGAUACCAUACAGCCAAUGUAUAAC